GCAAGGGUCCCGCCAGGCUUUGCCCCAUGGGCUGGGCUGGGCAGUUCCAGAUGUCUCAGCACUGUUUCCAGAAUGAGUACUUUGAUAAUCUGCUGGGUACUUGCAAACCUUGUCACCUUCGCUGUUCCAAGGCCCCUCCUGUAACAUGUCAGCGCUACUGUAAUGCCAGUGUGACCAGUUCAAUGAAAGGAACAAACGCGAUUCUGUGGACAUGCUUGGGCCUGAGUGUGACAGUUUCUUUGGCAGUGUUUGUGCUCAUGUUCUUGCUGAGGAAGAUGAGCUCGGAGCCAUUAAAGGAUGCAUGCAAAAACACAGGAUCGGUUCUCCUGGACGUGGCUAAUGCUGGCCUGGGCAGCAGCAGAACUGCGGAUGAAAGAACUCUUCCCAGAGGCCUCGGGUACACGGUGGAAGAGUGUACCUGUGAAGACUGCGUCAAGAGCAAACCAAAGGUCGAUUCUGAUCACUUCUUCCCACUCCCAGCCAUGGAGGAGGGCGCAACCAUUCUGGUCACCACAAAAACUAAUGACUAUUCCGACAGCCUGCCACUUGCUUCAAGCACUACAGGGGUAGAGAAAUCAAUUUCUACUGCGUAGUUAAUCCUCUUGACUGGUGUAGAACUACUUAAAAAAUGUUCUUUGAGAAGGAAAGGAGACGAAAUCAGAUCUGCCCGGGGUGACUGUAUUCAUCGGUUGCUGCUAUAGCUUUUUGUCCUCUGACUCUACAAACUCUGUUACGUACAUUUCUGUAUCGUAUUGCUAACAGCUUAACUGUGGAAACUUCUUUGGUCUUAUGAUUAAACUCUUGACUCACUGGAAAA